UAUUCAUUAACGGCACCCGAGUCGCUCUCCUCUCAGCACCCCCUCCCCCGCGGACCAACCGAAACGUUUUAUCAUGAAAGCGAUUUAAUUAGCUACAUUUUAUUAUUCGUUAUCAAUCAUCAGUACUGGAAUGCGACGACUACUAAGUCAGACCAGAGUCUCUUCGCUCGUACAAUAACAAUUAGCGUAUCAUUUCCAAUCAUGUUUCUUCUGCAUCCGCUGCUGCAGAUCUCCGUUCUGCUGGAUGCGGUUUCUGCCAGCCCUACCGAUGAUAAUGUGCUGCGGGCCGGUCAUGGAGAACAUGGAGAGCCGGGGCACGAAGAACACCAUAAGGAUUCCUACAGCACAUUCGCCUCCGAGUUCCUCGAGUCCAGAUACCUCUCAGACGAAGGUUACCCCUUCCCAGCUGCACCUCCUGUAGACCCAUUUGCCCGCAUCAAAGUUAGUGACUGUGGAAUAACCAAAGGAUGCAUCAGAUAUGGCAAACCAGGCUGUGACGCAGAGACCUGUGACUACUUCCUGAGUUUCAGACGCAUUGGCACAGAUGUGGAAUUCGAGAUGAGUGCAGACACUGAUGGAUGGGUUGCUGUCGGUUUCUCCUCUGACAAAAAAAUGGGAGGUGAUGAUGUCAUGGGCUGUGUUCAUGACGAUAAUGGACGUGUACGAAUACAUCAUUUCUACAAUGUGGGUCAGUGGGCCAAAGAGAUCAAGCGCAACCCAGCUCGGGAUGAGGAGGGCAUCUUUGAAAACAAUCGUGUCACGUGCCGCUUCAAACGGCCUCUUCACGUGCCACGGGAGGAGACGCUGGUGGACCUGCACCUCAGCUGGUACUAUCUGUUUGCUUGGGGACCUGCCAUACAAGGUUCCAUCACAAGGCAUGACAUCGACUCCCCACCGGUGUCAGAUCGCAUGAUUAGCAUCUAUAAAUAUGAGGACAUUUUCAUGCCUGCCACAGCCUAUCAGACAUUCUCCUCUCCCUUCUGCCUCCUCCUCAUCGUUGCUCUUACCUUCUACCUGCUGAUGGGCACACCAUAACCAGGAAAGCCGUGUCACUGAGAGAAGAAAUUAAUGAAAAACUAUGGAGCCACUAUAGCAUGACUGUGUGCCAACUUAACAGUAUUAGAAACAGGUAGCAAUACAUUGCAGUUAUAAUAUCCUCAAUUUACGUACACUAGAAAGGUAUUUGGACUGUGGAUUAAUAUUCAUUCAUAUACAACCAAUGAUUCUCAUUUAGAGGAGAGAGGGUCAACCAUACACUUAUUAUGUAUUACAAUAUAUUUUAUUUUAAUGAAAGAGUAGAAAAACCUCAAAUGCUAUGUUAAGGUAGGUAUAGCCUACAGUAGUUGAAACAGUCUGAGCCAAAUUAAUGUUAAUAUUCACUAUACUUAAAGUGCAGUCACAUUGGUCGACUUUCAGUAAAAAAUUAGCAUUCAAGAAAGUCCGUUGUAUAUCACUGUCAAACCAAGCAGCUUUCUGUUGGUCAAAGCUGUGAAUCUAAACCUAAUCUCUUUGCGAAAUCUGUGUGGGGAAAUCUUUUGCCCUCACAUAAAAAUUCCAAAACAAUGAUUCCUGUUGAAAUGACUUGAUUUCUCCAACAAAAACUUGCUGAACAUUGAUAAGUGUGACCGUAUCUCUACAGUGGCACAUAUCAUAACUCACAAUGUCCCACUACAGAACUCUACGGAGAAAUGAAAUGCCUCGUUCUGUUGAAUGGAAUAUGUUUUGCCAAAUCUCAGUAGAGGUGCUCUGCACACACAUGCAAUGUAUUCAUAAAACAUCUCUGCCUUCCAGUUAGCCAGCAUUGCCAGCUCAGUAUUUGAUAAUGCAUGCCAGCAAACCAGCCUCAUCUGAGCCAUUUAGAUUAGGAACAGAACCAGUCCAGGAGAGAGUCAUCUGGUUUCCAUUUUAGUGAAUUGAAGACUUUCUAAUCUAUAACAAGGACUUCAUGCCAUUGUAAAUCUUAGAAAUAGUCCAAGAACUGACAACUGUCUGUGCAGAAAGAUUUGAAUCACAGCAGUUAGUGUGCGAUUGUUUUCUGCUAAUUAUUUGGCGUUCUUUGAAAAUGUUCUGUAAUAACAUUUGUAUAGCAAACUGAAGAGCAACACGUAAAGAUGUUUAGAAUUUAGUUUUAAAUACGUUGUUAUAUUCACCUUAAGGUAUAUGAGGAAAUCUACUUGGAGGAGUGAUGUGAUUUGUUUUUCAUGUGUGCCAGCCAGAGGUAAUCAUGUUAUGUAGCAUGAAUGGAGAAAUUAUAUGCCAGUAGUCAAAGGACAAUAUGUUUGUUAUAUUUUAAUAUACUUUUGAAAUUUAGAGAAAAUGCAACAGUGAGUGUGCAUAGUGAAAGACUGUGAACCAUUGGGAUUUUAAACAUUUGUCAUAAAACCUCUUACAUCAUUAGCAGAUUACAUACAUUCUGACAAGUUACUGUGAAUUCUUGCUUUAAUUGAAAGAAAGAGAAAAAGAUACCUGUUUGAUGAUCCUGACCACGACACGUACUGCACUUUUUAAUAAAGCUUUGAAAGACAGCUGAAAUGUGUAAGAAAUUGUCAUAUUUGACUGGAUUAACUGAGAACGUUUUGCAGGGGUCUGAACUUGAUGUACUUGUCAUUACAGCACCUUGAAGAAUAGUAAUAAAUAAAAUCAAUUUGUUCACUAAUUCAUCCAGUCACCUUUUCUGUAGUUUAGCUUGUCACGCCAGUAGAUGGCGAUAAGUAUUUUUGUUGUGCUACGAGCGAGUCACUCACUCAAACGAUUCAUUAAAUAAAUAGUUAUAUUGUAGUAUAUUAUUUUGAACACAUAAUAUCCUUUAUAAUCAGAUUAUCACAGAAUAGUUUUUUUACGGCAUUUUCCCUCCAUUUUGUGACUUUUCAAACUACAAACUGAUUCUAUUAACAUAGUUUAAAUUU